AUGCAAGAAUGGCAGACAAAGUGCAAGAAUAGGGGCUUCCCACAUCCUCGUAACUGCUCAGAAUGCAUCUGCCCAAGCGGAUACGGUGGACACCGGACGAUUGCGGUAGAGAAGUGGAGGCGACGGACACAGUGGAAUAAACUUGUAGACAGUGUAGGCGAAAACACCAUUUUCACUGCGCGAGAAGACUUCAAGAAAUGCCAUUAUUGGAUCAGGAACUCUCAAAAGAAACCUGGAAAAAAGAUAGAAGUCAAACUUGCUUAUUUCCCUGGUUCACUAGCCGUCGAUGGAUGCAAAUAUGCCGGCGUUGAAAUCAAAACAGAUCCAGACAAGCGUCGCACCGGUUACAGGUUCUGCUCAAAGGACGAUAUUAACACUACGCUCCAGUCGACAUUGAAAAAAGUUCCUGUGAUAACCUACAACAGACUCUACUUCACAGAGACCGAGUUGCUUUACCGCAUCGUUCCGUAG